AUGCCGAAAAUAGCAUUCACGAACCGGCACAGCAGUGUGAUGCCACUGGACAUCACUAUAGGGGAAGCUGGUAUGGAAAGGGCCGAGCCGGCAAGGAGGCUCAUGAACGCAGCCCUGUCGGCUGCUCUUGCUGCUCAGAGUCAGACAACACUGGUGGCUAAACUGAAGGACCUGCAGUGCCACUUCACCUGGGACCUGGAGUCCAGCAGGUCCAAAGGGUUCCGUCUCAGGGACACGCUGGAGGACAUCGGCACAGAGGAGGGAAACAGCUGGCUGGGUCACAUUUACAACCUGCAGGGGUACAUUCACUACCAGCUGGGCUUCACUGAAGACGCCCAGCGUUUCUUCAGCAGGGCCACAGAGGUCUUCCAGAUGAGAAACACUGUCUCAGAUGAAGGCCCCUGGUUGGUGGUGAACUACGGGAACCUGGCUUGGCUGCACCACCACCUGGGAGAGGAAGAAGAGAGUCAGACUUACCUGUCAAAGGUCGACACUCUGCUAAAAGAAUACCCAUCUCCAUCCCAGGACAAGCUCCAUCCGGAGAUCUACGCUGAAAAAGCCUGGACCCUGAUGAAGUUCGGCACAGACCAAAAGCUGCUGGCUGCAGAUUACUUCCAGAGAGCCAUCAGCAUGCAGCCAGAUGUGGUGGAGUGGCACACCAGCCAUGUCAUAGCGUUAGUGAAUGCUUAUAAGGACCAAAACAACUGGAGGACACCACUGAAGGAAGACAUCUUCGAAAAAAUGGAAAUUGCCAAUGAACAUGAUCCAGAGAACUUGUACCUUGCUGCUUUAUACCUUGAGGAAUGUGCAAAGAGAGGAAGAAAAAUUGAAGAUAAAGCACAUCAAUAUGGAAUUAAAGAUGAAGCACGUGAGUUGGCCAGAAGGGUGUUGAGAAAUCCUGUAAGCAGCUACAGUGGUAUAAAACCAUUACUAAGGCUGUACAGAAUGUAUGUAUCUAUGGAUGAGGCUAUUGAAUUGGCAGAGGAGGCUCUGGAAAGACAUCCAGAUGAACGUUAUCUGCAGAGGUGUGCUGCAGUCUGCUAUGAAUGGAUGAUUUAUUCAAACAAUCUCCCGGAGCAAAGCAUGAUAGACAGAGCAAUCAGUCUCCAUAAAGAGGUGAUCUCUCUCUACCCUCAUUCUUCGAUUAAAAUAAAAAUAUCUCUUGCAAACAUAUACGCGCAAUCAAACCACAGCCAGGCUGAAGCUGAGCAGAUUUACAAGAAGCUGCUAGAAAGUGAUCUGGAACCUGCAGACAGACAGAUACUUUACAACUACUAUGCAAAACAUUUACACUUCAAUCAAAAUGAUAGCAACAAGUCAAUAAAAUAUCACAUGAUGGCAGCAGCGAUACCGCAACAAUCUCCCCAUCGUGAGAAAAGCAUCCAAAGUCUGAGGAAGAUUAGAGAAAGAAACAGACACCAGAUGUGUGGUGAAAUAGAGGAGUUUCUGGCUAACCUGUAA